CUGCAACAACGCCCAAACUAGAAAUUCGAUUCUACCCAAAACAUAGCAACCAAGCAAACAAUGUUUUUCCAAGGCAAGUCCCUCGUUGCCUUCCUCCUCCUCUCCUCCUCUCCUCCUCUCCUCCUCUCCUCCUCUUCUGUAGCAAACACAUCGCUGUGCUAUGAAUCCGGCGGGGUUUGUACAAAAGACAUGGGAACCCCCAGUUUGUGUGUCUCAAAGACCCAGGGGCGUUCCUACAUGGUCUGUUGCCCCGGUGGUGCCACUCAAACCUGGGACUCCACCGAUGAUUGCACRAUUGGGGGGGAGAAUACCCAGCUUCCCAGUAUUAUCAACAAGUGCACCCCAACCUGGGCUUCAUGCUGGCCCUGGGCGGGAACUCUGAGUUCGUGCACCGCCCCCUACGGGAGAACUUACAAUGCCUGCUGCCCCGAUGGUGCCACCCAAGCCUGGGAGCCYGGCACCUCCUGUACCUCUGGGGGACUCAAAGACACUGGCGAUGACGACCUCGCUGGCAGCAAUGUUACCGACAUYGUGGCAGAGGACUCCGCGACAGAGGAYWCYGCGGCAGAAGAUUCCGCGGYAUCACCAUCGUCUCUAAUGACCGUGAYCGCUCUUGGUGUUGCUGUYGCCGCCGCCRCCACCGCGGCGCUUGCCAGUUUCUAAGCAAGGUUUGUUUGCUUCUAUCGAUCGACAACCAWMGUCAUUAGUGAUAGAGCGCGUCAUGCAAGCGGAAGUCGAGCAUUUUGAACGCGCAAUGAAAAUCAGUCGAUUUU